GCCCUGCCGUAGGAGGAGCAGAUUGUGUAGCAGGCAGCCCACCUCCCUGUCUGAUGGAGUUAGUCCCGGUAAUGGCUGCAGAUGAAGAGGACAGGAUCUGCCAAAGAACAGAGGCAGGCAAUGGAGCAACGUGUGACCAAAUGCACCUGAAACUCUUCGCAAGCCAAGGGAAUUUGGAGGGGCCCCCUGCUCAAGUCGGAGGGCUCCGCUUUGGCAGUUGAGCGUCCGGGGGGGCCCCCCCACUUCCAAACAUGGCCACCCUAACCAGCAGCUCCCCUUUGGACCCGGCCGACUCCGGCUCUUCCACCUCCCUCGCUUUGCCUCUGUCGGACGACAAGCCCAAAGCGAGAAACCCUUUCCAGUUCGGCUCCCUCUUCCCUAGCCGGAGUGAACGCUUCGUCAUCGCCCGGAGCGACAGCGUGCCGGAAGAGAGCGUCCUGAAAAUCACCAUCACGGAGACCACCGUUAUUGAGUCGGACCUGGGCGUCUGGAGUUCUUACGCCCUCACCUACCUCACCCUCUGGUUCUUCUUCAGCUUCUGCACACUUUUCCUCAAUAAGUACAUCUUGUCACUGCUGGAAGGAGAACCGAGUAUGUUGGGCGCUGUUCAGAUGCUUUCCACCACCUUCAUUGGCUGCAUCAAAAUGUUUGUCCCCUGCUGUCUUUAUCAGCACAAGAGCCGUCUCUCCUACCCUCCGAAUUUCAUCAUGAUUAUGCUUUUCGUUGGGCUGAUGCGGUUUGCAACUGUGGUUUUGGGGCUUGUCAGCUUGAAGAAUGUGGCCGUUUCCUUUGCCGAAACCGUGAAGAGCUCAGCACCAAUUUUUACCGUUAUUAUGUCGCGCAUGAUUUUAGGAGAAUACACCGGGCUGUUUGUAAAUCUCUCCCUGGUCCCUGUGAUGGGCGGGCUGGCCUUGUGCACCGCGACCGAACUGAGUUUCAACAUCCUCGGCUUCUCGGCAGCCUUGUCGACGAAUAUUAUGGACUGUUUGCAGAACGUUUUCUCCAAAAAGCUGCUGAGCGGGGACAAAUACCGUUUCUCUGCUCCUGAGCUUCAGUUCUACACCAGCGCAGCUGCUGUGAUCAUGCUUAUUCCAGCUUGGGUCUUUUUCAUGGAUAUGCCAGUGAUUGGGAAAAGCGGGCGGAGUUUCCAGUACAACCAGGACAUUGUGGUGUUGCUCCUGAUGGACGGAGUGCUGUUCCACCUCCAAAGUGUCACCGCUUACGCUUUGAUGGGCAAGAUUUCCCCCGUAACCUUCAGUGUGGCCAGCACGGUGAAGCACGCCCUGUCCAUCUGGCUCAGCGUCAUUGUCUUCGGGAACAAGAUCACGAGCCUCUCGGCCAUCGGGACAGUGCUGGUGAUCAUCGGCGUCAUGCUGUAUAACAGGGCCAAGCAGCACCAGCAGGAAACCUUCCAGAACCUGGUGGGAACAGCCUCAGCCACCCCACCGUCUCCGGCGAUCAACGAAGACGCCGAGCCCCUCCUGUCCAAAGACCCCCGUCCAUUCGAAUGAGACCGCCACCGCCUUAAUUUUGCUACGUGGAAUUUUAGAAGAACAAUCUUUUUUUUUUUUUCCCCCUUUCUCUUGAAGCCCUUGGUUAUCUCUGCCCCCCCACCCACCCCCCUCCCCCCACCACAAAGG